AUGUUCAAGAAGGAUAUCUUGAGGAAACCAUUGGGAGGUUUUGGUUUAGAAAUGGAUCGAAGUGCCUACUCACUUGCUUCAGAAUCAAGCAAACGUCUUGCUUCAGAAAUGGAUCGUAGUGUUGUCUCACUUGCCUCAUUCAAUGGAUUUGCAAAGAAGUUUUCUUGCACAGGUGUAUUUAUAAAGGGCAAAAAAUGCUCUGCAACAAUUCUGACUUCAGCAAGUUUGGUUAGAGUUCCUGGCAGUGCACACAUGAUUGAUGAUAACUUAUGGAUUGAAGUUUGCCUAACAGGCGGAUUUCGAGUUGUAGGGAUGUUGAACUGUUAUAAUUUAUACUACAAUGUUGCUCUUGUUGACAUCAUCGGAUUCUGGCGUCCUCGUACAAUAAAAAUCCAUCGGCAUCCAGUUACCUCAUCUAUGGACGUAAUAGCUGUUGGUAGUCUUUUUGCGCGUCGCAAACUAAUGGCUGUUGAGGGGAAGGUGUUGAUUGGCAAACAAAGCAAACUUGAUUGCAAAGAACUUUGUGUCUCCACCUGUGUAAUCACCAAGGCUGGGAUUGGGGGGCCUCUUAUUGACAAUGAUGGGAAUUUUGUUGGAAUGAACUUCUAUGAUGAGGAAGAAACUCCGUUCCUGCCGAGGGAUGUUAUUCACCGCCUCUUAUUGAACUUAAAUAAAACACGAUAA